GCAAUCUCUGGUUACACAUGUAAACCCCUACCUGUCUCUUGGGAAGAGUGCCGGAUGAGGACACGGCUCAGAAGUUCUCCCAGGACAGUGUAUUCUGACGCGCACAAAGCAAAAUAUCAUCCCGUUCCAUAAAGGCCUGAUAUCACGGCCCAUGGCCGAUCGUGGGCCCGAGAUGUCGAACAUGACGGACAAGGAUCGGCGCACAGCUUCAAGUGUCUGUGGGUGGUGCCGGUGCUCGGUGCUAACUGGCCGCCAUACCACCCCCUUCCCGAGAGCUCUUUGCGGACCACUUCUCAUCGGCGCCAAAAGCAAAUACCAGCCCCGGCAGAUGCCCGCCAUGGCACUCUACGGUGUACUUCGUACUACGCACUUGUCAUGCCCAGGAAACCCAUGUCUUCUCUUGAGAUAUUCUCAGAGUGAGUCGAUUGCGUCGCCAUAUGCCCAAUCCUUGAACCUAGGUUACGCCGCGAAUUGUUGCUUCCCAGGGACCCGCCCGCAUCGUGACAUUUUCGGAGACUGUUUGGUCGGUCUGGUAUGGACACAUCAGCGGUCUACUACCGGUACUAGGAUUGCAGACGGCUCGACGGGAAGGACAGCCACCGCAGACUCCUGUUUCUGCAGCCAGCCAAAGAACUGAAUAAAUAUUUGUUUCGGAUUUCGCCUGCAUACCGACUCAACCCACGCGCUAGGCACUUUACGGUGUACAAAAUUCUACUAGCUGGAACCUGUCGGUCUUGUCUGCUUUCCCUGGCCCCUGGCCCGCGAUAGCGACUCAUCAUCUCGCCGGAUUUGGAUCGUCCGGAGUUUUUUUUUCGAAUAGCCAUUCUGCUUUCCGUGCCAGUCAACGGAUGGCGGGCGCGUCUAUUCUGGUUGUCUUCAUCUACCCACCCAUGCCGC